AUGAAGAUGCAGGUGAGGAAGUCCCAGGUCGUGAUGAAGACCCAGGUGAGGAAGAUGCAGGUGAGGAGGAAAUGCCAGGUGACGAUGAUGAUGAUGAAGACCCGGGUGACGAUGAAGACCCCGCUGAGGAGGAUCCAGGUGAUGAUGAUGAUGAAGACCCAGCCCGCGCCGGGCGAGCGCGGCGCCGAGCCGGACGCGCCCGAGGAGGCGCCGGCGCACCUGGAGAUCCGGCAGGUGAUCGUGGCCGAGAAGCCCUUCCAGUGCCCCGCGUGCCACAAGGGCUUCAAGCGCGCCUGGGAGCUGCUGAGCCACGAGGUGGUGCACACCGAGGCGCGGCCCUACCCCCCCCCAUCCAGCGGCGAGCGCCCCUUCGCCUGCCCCAGGUGCGCCAAGGGCUUCAAGACCCCCUACGAGCGCCAGCGCCACGCCCUGACCCACCUGGCGGCCGAGAAGCCCUUCAGGUGCGGCGAGUGCGGCAAGGACUUCCCGGCGGCCAACGCGCUGCUGCUGCACCGGCGGCAGCGCUGCCAGGACAAGCCGCACGCCUGCGGCGUCUGCGGCAAGCGCUUCGCCUACGGCCACUCGCUCAAGGUGCACGAGCGCGUGCACACGGGCGACCGGCCCUUCAGGUGCGCGCUCUGCGGCAAGGCCUUCAAGCAGAGCAACGCGCUGGCCUCCCACGAGCGCGUGCACACGGGCGAGCGCCCCUUCGCCUGCCGCACCUGCGGCAAGGCCUUCAAGCAGUCCUCCUACCUGGCCCUCCACCAGCACAAGUUCUUCAAGGACCUGGCCUACCUGGCCGUGCACGAGAAGGUGCACACGGGCGAGACGCCCUACAAGUGCGGGGUGUGCGCCAAGGGCUUCGCGCACCCCUCCAACCUGCUGCAGCACCGGCGCGUGCACCGCGACACCUGAGCCGCCGGCGG